CUUUACGGCUUUACGGUUGCGAGUCCGAGAGCCGAACGAUAAGACAAAUAGGCCUAGUGCUAAAACUGUGUUCAGUUUCAAACUUUUCAAACUUUGAACAAUUAACAAAGCAUUCAAGCCGAGACUGCUACAGAGAAAGCCGACGGUCCUCCUGUGCUACUGCAAGGGACGCCGCCCCCAUUCCCCCUAAAGUGGACAGUUGGUUUGUUUCGCGGCUUUUGUUUCAGAACAAUAAACGCCCCCUUUCUGUUUCCCCUCCUUCGAUAUACUUCCGGUUAAGUGGUCCUGAUAGAGCUCGACUUGUUGCAGAUUUUGCGUGUUUUAGGGACAUUCUGGUUAUGUUUGAAGGAAGUAGCUGCUAAUCACUCACAAGCUUACCCGCCAGAUAUGGCCAGUAGUGUGAGCGCUACUGUCCCCGCCGUGUCUCAGGCGACGAAACGAGCGCACGCCGAGUCAGAGCUGUCUGCACCAGAACCUGCAGCGGCUCAGCAGGAGGCACCACCAACACAGUCUCCCGCCUCCACAACUGCUGCUUCUGCAACAGAGUCUCCAGCAAAGGCAACAGUCCCUUCAGAGCCUGUGAAAGUUGAUUCUGAAGUGCCCAAAGCAGCAGUAGCAGCCGUUGCGCCGAAUGGCGAAGAGAGUGGUGACAAUGUCUCUGAGAGUAAUAAGGCAAAGGAUGUGAAGCCUACUCCUGCUCCUCCUUCAUCUGAUUCAUCAGGGGUACCACCACCAGAACCAUCAUCCUCAGCAACAGCAGCAGCAGCCAUUUCUCCUUCAGAGGUUGAGGGGAAAAAAGAUCCCCCUGCUCCUGCUCUGCCAUCCCCCUCUAAGGAAACAACACUGAAAGCUCCAGCAGCAGAUCCUUCUGCAUUAGAAAUCUCAGGAAGUGGUACAUCGUCUGGUACUGCUGUCGUCCCGCCUAAUAAUCCCACAGUUAAUAAUGACAAGGCAGCUGAAGGGAGCUCUCAUCAGGCUCCUCCCAAACAGAACACAGCUGCUUCUUCAUCGGAGAAGACUAGUGAUGCCACCACAGACUCCGUCUCCAAUGGCACAUCUUCAGGCAAACCCACAGCAAUGGAUACAACAGAAGGUCCAACCCAGCAGAAAGAGUCUGUGAAGCCUUCAUCGAUAAAGAAGGAUGCGGAUCCCAAGCUAUUGACAACUACCACCAGCAAUAACGAGCCUAAAGCCAAUAGUAGUAAGGUGUCUCGGGAAGAUGGGGAGGAGCCAGAGAAGAAGCCUAGAUUGGCUCUCACAGUUUCCUCUAGUAAAAGUGCCAGCAAGACACCAGAGCAGGUUCUUGAGUACAUGUACAAAACCUUUGAACACCGGAGGAAGAUCAUCACCAAACAGAUGCCUACUAUUCCUGAACUGAAGAAUCUUUAUCCGGACCUCUUCAUGGGCAAACAGCUCUUGAUAGAAUUCCAGCGUAUCACCAAAAUCGACAUUGACCAGAAGAUCCAGGAGUUUUGUGUUCGUUAUGCCACAGCUGUUAUUGAAAUGGCACGUGGUAAGCCUGGCUCUGCCCCUGUGUUGGCCCGAUGGGAUCAAGCCAAGCAAGAAAACGAAACGCUGAAGCAGUACUGGGAUAUGGUCACUGCACUUUGUUUGCUACCUCUUCACUUUGGCGAGAAUUUUGUUGAGAUGGUCGUGGAGAUUGGUGAAGAGGAUGAAGUAGUUGCGACGGGGACAAUAGUCCCAACUCUUAUAGCUCGAGGAAACAUUUUCCGCACAGAUGAGUUCUUCCUCAUUGCUGAGAACACAAUUGUUCAAGAGUUUGAGGAGUUUACCAUAGCGUUUGCCUCAUUGUAUUCCAGUUACUGGGUGUUCAACAUGGUGUACCCAACUGAGAUAGAGAACACCUACAACUACAUUCAGAGGUGCAUUGUUAGGCAGCGAGAGCCUGGCACAAUUCCUGCAGUGUGCAAAAAUUUCACCAAAACCCUGCAGAGGUGGAACAAGGGGAAGGAGAACAAAUAGUGGCGGGUAGCUGUCACUUGAUGUGAAUGUACACUCAGCAAAACUCAAGUCAUUCUCAUUAUGGGUACAAUAAAUAUCUCAAGAGAUUUUUUUUUGGUUGGAAAAUUUGUCUCUAUUGUGCUUAUAUCAUGUCAUCAACAGAUAAUUCUUCUUCCGUCUUGUGUCUACCUUUAUAUGCACUCAUCAGAUCUUAAAAUGUUCUGAAAUGUGACCACUAAAGUGUGUUGUGUCAAUAUUUUGCAAUUACCUAUCAUAUAGGCCUAUAUAUUCUAUUGUUGUCCAAAGUUAUGCGAAACAAUACCAGAGAUGUAUUUUUUAUUGUUGGAGAUAAGAUUUAGUGCAGUUAUCAUAAAUGUGGUUAAAAAAAACUAGUUUUCAAACCUGUACAGGCUCAUUAAUGGUCAACUGCUUCAUAAAUCAAGUGUUUGAACUGGGUAUUGUAGUUCAUGUUGCUCUGAAUCAUGUAUGUCGAUGAAUGCAGUGCAUCUUCUACAGAGUUUGUGCAACUUUGGAUUGAAUCAGGAACGGGUUCUUAUUGUUUGUGUACUCUGGGUUGGUGUAUGGAUAUAUUCUUAACUCAAGUGUGUAUAGUAGGUAAUGUUGUUUGAGUAUAUCUUUGUGGUUCGAUGAUCUGCCUCUUAUUUAUUGCAGACUGUUGUUGCGGCUGUGUGAGGGUGUGGUUUAUUUUUUGUUUGGCUUACCAGGCCUCUCUAUUUUUGUCAGCAAGCUAAAAUUAUCUAUAGUCGAUAGUGCUUUAUCUUAAUCUUCAUUUGCAAUUCCUUGUUUCAACGUUUGGCUAAGCUAACUUUUUGUGGGGUUUUUUGUCUGGGUGCAUUGGAUUCUCAUUGUUGGUGUAAUGAUGCUCCUCUUUUUGCUUGUACUUGUAGAUGUCAUGGGCUUUGUUUGAUUGGACUAUAAUUUCCCUCUUUUAACCUUAUUUUCACAGGAAAGUCUACAUCCAUUAUAUUACUAUCGUACACUCUGUUUAUCAUUUCUCACUCUCUUAGAGUUGUUUAAUGUAAUGUACAAUAUGCAGAUAAGAAAACCAAUUAGUUUAUAUAUUAUAUCUAUAUAUUUUGAAAGAUUUGGGAUAUUUAUAUUAUUGUAUACUCCAUAAAACUGUAAGAAGUGGGACUUUUUUGUCUUUGAUUUUUUUUCUCUCUCUCCUGUGUUCCUACCUCUGUUUGUUGAAUCUGCGACAGAGGUAAGUUUUGUUCAUUUGGUAGCUUUUUAUUGAUACUUUAUCUGAGGUUUCUAGACAUUUUGUUGUACGUGGAAACGUCAAAAGAUGAUUUUGACACUCAAAGUAUGAACUUUUUUUAUAUAUAUAUAUAUUUGUCUUUUGGAGAAGUCAAUCAGAAAAGUAUUAAUAUGUGACUUUGUUUUUAAUGUGAUCAGACUAUGGUACAUUUAAUGUGAAAAAAACCUGAAUAAUUUAUGAAUGAGUGGAACCAUUAGCACUGAGUGUCCUGACAUGAAGUGUGAGCAAUGUGUUGUUACACAUCACAGGUAGCAGGGUACCGUGGUAACUCGGGCUUUUGGCAAAAAUCCGUUAUUUUCAUGAUAUAUUCCAGGGCAUGGGGGUGGAGUGCCUGCCCUGCAAAAGCCUUUGAGCCGUGCAAUUAUUUUGUAAAAAUGCACUUUAUGCUGAAAUUCAAAGUAUUGUUGAUGGUCAUAGUCGUGGAAAAUCAGUUAUCUGUCCCUCAGAUAAAAUUUGGGAAAACCAGAGUUGUGAUAGUUAUGCUGCUACCCUGAGAGGUGUGUGGUCAUGUCGUCAUUACAAAGUAAAUCACGAAUGCCGUGUUCCCCUUGUGUCCCUUUUUGUCUGUUACUUGGAAGUUCCCCUUUCUUACUUGUGACGCAGUGAGUAAAAGGCGUAGGCCUUUGAGUUAAUUUUGUGCUGCAAAUAGCAACCAGUCCUGUGUGUUAGCAUUGAUUAGCAUACUUUUGUAGGCUUGAGUGUUCCCUGGCCUACUUUCCGCGAGGCUCGGCGGGCAGCAGGUGUGUGAACUGUUCACUUACAGAACAAGUGGUUUUCUGAUAAACACAUUUCCAUAUUCCGUGGAAUUUACACAAUGCACACCACAGGGUGCAUGUUUUUAUGCCUGUUGGUUGUGGCUAGCUUUGAUGGAGGCUCAGUGCCUGCUUUCUGUUGUAAGAUUAGUAGUGUAGCGGCACUGGUGGCCCCUUAUAUUUAUAGUAGCAGAUCAAACGGCUCUCAGUGGUGACACUCAAAAGGUGCUGCUUAAACUGGUUAGUCUGCAACUAACUUCCUUUAUGUGUCAUCACUUAUUAUGAUUAUUAAUGCACUAUGUGUGCAUAACAGAUGGAGGGUAUGGAUAGUUGGUGUGCUCAUGAACCUACAGCAGUGAUGUGUAGCUGCUAAACAACGUGAGUUUCAAGGUGCGUAUUUUGCCAUCUCCGAGUCUUUACACAUUUUUACAUACAUACUGAGUACCUGCCACAUGAUCUGUAUUAUUAUUAUUAUUAUCAUCAUCAUCAUCAUAAGAAUUAUUUUUUUUAGCAAUGUGGUGAAUGGAAUUGAUUCCUCUACUACAAAGUGCAAACAUAUAUUUGUGUAAACUUUAAUGUUUUGUUUAGCUUAGUACCACUUUAGAUUAAUUUUUGUCAUCAUACAUAAAAGGCACAUAUUUAAAUUUGAAAAAAAAUUUGCAAAUUGUGUUAGCUUUAUUUAUUUGUCUUCGUUGCCCCACCCUUUUCUACCCCAAUAUUGUGCAACCAAUUUUACUAUCCUUUAUUUUGUCUCUUUGCUUCCAAUGUAAAAUGCUGGCGACACUGGUGUUGACAUUUCAACCAGCCAAUAGUGCUGCUGGCUAAGAACUUGACAUACAUAAAUUCCAGAUUUGAAUCUGAGCAGAGUCUGGAUUUUCUCACCCUUCCCGGGUCGUUUCCUUAAAGUUCAGUGUCAUGCUGAGGGGCCAUGUGCUUUGCUUUAAAAUCAUGUCCUGGGACUAUGUGACCAUUAUACUUUAACAAGAACAAAACAAAAACUGUUGAGUUUGUUGGAUUCCUUUUGCUUUUUUUUUUUUUUUUUUUUUUUUGUUUUGUGCAAGGAAUGUUACAUGGGUUAUGGCCUAUUGAGGGUGCCUAAGUGCAGGGGUUUUGUUUUGCUCUCUUGGGUUGUUUUUUUGGGGUUUGUUUUCUAAAACCGUACUUCCAUAAAUUUGUGUACCCUUUUUUUGUUUGGGUCUUGUUUGUCAUGGGAGCAUGAUCGUAGCUGUCCAAGUAUGAGUUUGUUUAGGUUUUGGUCUUUCUUUAAAUGUAAUUGUGAUUUUUUUAUUAAAAUGUUUAUUUCUGUGUUUUGUUGUUAUCAAAAAUUGAAAGGAGAAAAGAGUACAGGUUUCUCAAGCUAUUUGCUUUGGAUUAUAAUUUUUAUUUCUGACUAUACUAUACCAACUUUCUCAGCAAAAAGCACACCACAAUUGUUUUAUUUUCUCAUUGUAUCUCUUGAUCUGGAGUGCAGGGCAUAGCCAGCAUUGCUGUAUCUUCUUUGGGGUGCCAUUUUUUAUGACGGUUUCAUGUACUUCAGAUAUAUCGAUAAUAAGUGUAUCAUGAUGUAUGAAAGUCCAGAGUUCUGUUUAUGUGUGUGUUUGGCUGUUGUUGGGUUGUUUUUUUUAUGGCAGUUUGCGUCCUACUUUGUGUUAGUGAUGUCAGCCAUUCUUUUUACUUACAAUCAACUACGUUCUGGAAGCAUUGCCAGAGUUCAGUUAGGUGGCGCCCCCUAACUGUUUUCCUUUCCCUGUGUGUGCAUUUUAUUGAACUAUGAAUUCUUGUAUAAUCCAUUUGUCAUGAUGGUUGUGGUGGUGUUAUUUUAAUUAAAUAAAUGUCAUGGUAUGUAUAAAGAUUUAAGCAUUAAGUUUUUCUUUUUUGUUGAAAACUAGGGUACUGCCAUAUUUGCAUAAAUGUGCUUACCCAUUAUUUUCUAUAGCAUUAUCGGUACCGUAAUCAAAGAGCAGGAUUUGAGAGUCUCGCAAACACACCCGAGCUCAUGGAGCAGCUAUCAUGACCAUUGAAUUGCCAGGUACAUUGCGUUGUUCAGAUAAGACUACUCUAAGUAAGGUAAGUCAUAUAUUCAUAUGUUGUGAAAGUGAUGCUGUGUUCAGUUUGAUUGGCCUGCUGUGAAACAGGUUUAUUCCGCAAACAUCUAUUCUAAUGUGCACAUUUUGUGUCCUUGAGAUACUGUUCUCUGCUGAAAUGGUUUUAGGUAUUUUUUAAAAAAUGCUGCUUUUGAUGAUGAAAUUAUGCAGGGUUUGCGCAAAAUAGAUGCUCUUGAAAAUGUAAUUUCGAAUUUUCAAGAAAAUUGAAUGCUUGCAGAUAAAGUCUUACAAUAAUUCUGUAAUGCUUGAAACUCCCACCAGGGGUUAUGUAUAACUGGUCAAAGUCAAAGGUCAAUAUAAUAUAUAUACAGCUGGUUUACUUGUCACAUUGUUCCAUUACGCAUUUUUUUGGUUGCUUUUUUUUUUUAAUAAAUUUUUUUUGUUCUCCCUUUACUUUGUGUUACAGCAACAAUACAGAACUACAUCGUAUAAUUGCAGAUGAAUGGAACAUUUUUUUUGUCUCUUACUGUGUUGAUUUUAUAAUUUUUCCCCUUCUUCCUGAAUCGGAUUUGAUCUGCACCAAUAAAAGAUAUUUUAGGUCAAACAUUGA